AUGAGCAUGAAGCUAGAUUUCAUGCUGCACUCGUCACUUCACUGCAAAGUCCCAAAUGGCGCAAUCGACAUUACGUCGGUUCUUAUUUUCCUAAAUGCCUUGACGGAUGCACCACAUUUCCUCAUGGAGUUCAUACAAGGCAGGCCAACUUCAAUGGUUGUGAUUCUUGAUCUGCUCCCAUGGAAAGACCUCGCGCUCCAACCGGAGUACCUCCACAAGUACUAUGAACAUACUCACUUGGACAACCAACGUGAGAAAAUUGAAGAAUUGCCACAAACCCGUCCAUACAGGUCGCCGUCGCUCUUUGUGCGCAGUGCAUGUUCUCCAACAGCGGUGUCGGUCACCAUCGACUGCGGGCAAGGAGGGGAGGGUACCAUGGAAGAGAUAGUGUGCGGUCAUCUGGCGUCAGUUGUCAAGGAGGUUCUUCGAAUCUGGCUUCAUACUUGCACUGGUGACACCUCCGAAAUGGAAGAGGCCGAGAGGGAGAUAAUGAUCAAGAGGGACCAAGCUGUAAGAUUAAAAUCAACUGAGGUCGACCUAACUGCAAAUCUGCCUAGGAUGUUUGGUCCUGAUGUGUCUGGCCACAUCAUUGCUGAAACCCGUAAGGCCUUUGGGGUAGAACUACAAGAGGCCUAG